AUGGAAGGUGUUAGCAAAUUGACAGAAAUGGGCUUUUCGGCCGAGCAGGCCCAGAAAGCGCUCAAAGCCACCAAUGGUGACAUGGAGGCAGCAAUUGCGUAUCUUUUUGAAGAACCUAUCGAGGUUUCACCUCCUAUUGGUGCCAGCAACAACACACUCAAUCAACCAAAUCGAAACCAUAAAUCCGUGGAAAGCGUUGAGAUUCGCAAUCCAAUGGACGUUCCGGACUUUUCAGAGCUCCAGGCACAGGAAACACACACUAAUCAGACGGAUCCACUUCAUUUUGAACAUUAUGAGUACUCUGGAGAUGGCGAAGUGCGGCCACAGUUCAACGAGGAGUCAAGAAUGGCUCAAGGAUCAAAUAGUAGUAGCAGUAGCUUGCCUGACACUCGAACAGAAGACCUUGAUGUGCAAAUGCGUUCGGAUAGACUCGCUUCGGAUGACGAAAACUCCGAACCGUCUACUCCGUCUAUAUAUGACGACGAGGAGAUGAUGAUGACAAGGUCAAAAGAUACUCCGCCGGUGAUCUUGAUUGAUCGUGUGGGGUCCAGGGAGAACGUCAUGGUUCCAUUGCUUACGAUAUUGGCACAACUUCCUCGGUUUCGGGACUUGGUUUGGGGUGCCGACCUCGGCCCCUACUGUGAUACCUGGUAUAAAGGAGACGACAAAAUUAGUCCAGAAUUGGAACUUCGGCGAGUGAUUGCGUAUUUAUCUGGUCUUGGUCACCGUGCGUUUAUCAGCAGUCAUGGAGUGAUUCGAAGUUUGUCGGAAGGAGGAACUUAUGGUUUGGAGCUGGAUGAGCUUGUGCCAAAAAUGUACGAAGCUCUCAUUCACUAUGCCUCAGAUUCGGUUGCGAUGCAGAAUUUAUUACAGUCGACAGUGGAGAGUGUGGAGGAAGACAUCCAGAACAAGAUGUACUUGUUUGAGGUUGAUUUGGAGUACAGAGCAUCUACGGUUUACGAUACGUUGAAUGGGCUUUUCUGGAGCCAAGAUCUUCAGAAUUUGGGCAAUAUAAGACUCAAGGAAACGGGAAAUGUGCUUACGGUUCAGUUUCUUGGUGAUGACGAACAUUAUGAGAUCCAGCCACUUGACAUCGACGAAGAAUUUUAUCCACAAAUUUACGCCAAGUCGCAUUCGGAUCAAUUGCUAAACAUGCAUCAGCAAAAGUUGGAGGUGGGCCAAAAACGAGUUUCUGUAACUAACAAAAUCAUGUUGUGGAGCUCUUUUGAGGGAAAGCGAGUGCCUCUGUUUCUUGAACAAGUCACCAACUAUUUGAAGGAGCAGAAUGAUGAAGAAACCGUCGACGAUAUACUGGCCAUAAAAACCCAAACUGCUGAAGAGGUGGCUAUGCUCAACAAGGAACUAGAGCACAUCAACCAGCAAUAUUCUCAGCUCGAUGUCACCAAUCCCAACAACGUAAUCAAAACUUUUGGACAAGAUGGCCGCGAAGCACCACCUUCGUACGUAUUGGCUGGAGUGGUAUUUUCAGAUAUCGAGUACUAUUACCGAACCACCGAUGGUCAAUGGAUCUACAUUUGCUACGAGACAUCAAAUACCGGACAAGUGGUGGGGUAUUCGAUUGAAAAACGGGAAUUUUUCGUUUUAAAGGAACAGAUCAAGCAGCGCAGUCGCGACGCCAGCAUGGUGAUUACACUAGUGUACGUUUUGCGAGACGAGUACAGAAAAUCCAACAAGUCCGACACCCACAAGUCGGACAAUUCGAACUUCCAAUCCUUCUUCGACACCGACGACGCCAGGUUGGAAGUACCGCUUAUUCCCGAAUUGGCCGCGGAUUCGCCGUAG